GCUCAGAGGCAUGCAUUAACAUUAGUAGUAUUUUUAGCCCCAACUUGGAUUGCAAACGCCUGAUUCCAAGAGCUCGCCGGAACCGCGGAUGUGGUGGUAGCUGAACAGAAAACCAGCACCCCCCUCGGCUUUACUUCUCUGCUCUGUUCAUCGGCUGUGUGUGGUGUUCUUAUCUUAUUGAAGUCUUCUGGGAAUUUUUGGCAUAAAAACAAUAUCUUUAGUACUUUGGUAGAGUAACAAGCUGAAACUGCUGUGGCCACAUCACAUGGUAUCACUGUCAGAGUCUGACCAUAUAAUUUCAGGCCAUCUGGUGCCGAAGCUGAACUCAGCUUGCAAACACCAGUACGCCAUACGGAGUCGGCGAUGUGGCGGUUCAACCGCAAAGGGCCCUCCGGCUUCUCCGGCGCCUCCACCGCCGAGGAGGUCACCGCCGGGAUCGAUGCCCGGGGAUUGGUCGCCGUCAUCACAGGAGAGGGCGCAUGCCGCGAAGACGCCAGAACAGACAAGAAAACGAACAGGAGAAGGGCGAAAAAAAAUUGAAAUCAGAUCACACGAAGAUCACAAGAACAGGUGCGUCGAGUGGCAUCGGGCUGGAGACGGCGCGCGUCCUGGCGCUGCGCGGCGUGCACGUCGUCAUGGCCGUGCGCAACGUCGCCGCCGGGCGAAAUGCCAGCGAGGCGAUCCGGGCGGAGAUCCCCGGCGCCAUAGUCCAUGUGCUGGAGAUGGACCUCAGCUCCAUGGAUUCGGUGAGGAGGUUUGCCUCCGAGUUUGAUUCUCUGAACCUGCCGCUCAACAUACUCAUUAACAACGCUGGAAUCAAGGCAUGGGGCUGCACACGGUCCGUUGACGGCCUGGAAUUGCAUUUUGCAACUAACUACAUUGGCCAUUUUCUACUGACAAAUCUCUUGAUGGAGAACAUGAAGAGCACAAGUAGUGAAAGCGGUGUUGAAGGAAGGAUCGUAAAUGUGUCGUCUUGGUGGCACUUUGCUAUUUAUCCUGAAGGGAUAUGUUUCGAUAAAGUGAAGAAUCCUUCGAGAUUCAGCGGUAUUUUUGCUUACCCUCAGUCCAAGCUUGCCAGUAUUUUGCACUCCACUGAGUUGCAAUUGGCACGAAUUCUAAAGGGAGAGGGAGACGGUGUUAACAUUUCGGCAAAUGCAAUAAAUCCCGGUGUUGUUGAAACCAAAAUGUUGACGCACAACAAUAUUGCUAAUGCUCUAGUGUUCCCCAUUGGAAGAAUCGUACGUAAAACUAUAGAGCAGGGUGCUGCAACGACAUGUUAUGUCGCACUACAUCCUCAAGUCAAGGGGAUAAGCGGAAAGUACUUCAGCAAUUGCAAUUUAGAUAGCCCAAGCUCACAUGCUUCAAAUGCAGAGUUGGCAAAGAAACUAUGGGAAUUUAGCUCUAAGGUUGUGUCCUAAUGUGGUUAUUAAAGUAUAGUUUGAGUUACACAUAUGAAUACAUAUGCUAUUUUAUUUCAUGUAAAUUGAACACAUAAUUUUCACAUACAUUCUAAAAGCAAAACGAGUGUGGUUCCUCCAAAAUACAUCCAAAUUAAAUGUUUUAACUAUAAUAUAUACAUCUGCCUCUAAUUAGUCUAGAAGUUGGGUAAAUAGACUUCAAGCAAAGUUCAGGUUCAAAAGUAGAUUUUAUAAUCCAUUUUUGAAGUCAACCUUUGCUCGAAGUCUAUUUUUCACCCUGAAUUUAUGAAGGCGGUUUUUUGCGCAUAGUACUCUUAUGGUAUAUAUUUUGUUAAUGAUGAUCACCUAAGACCCCACUCAGUGUAGAUGGACCAAUAGGUUAUUGAUACGGAAUAUUUUCCCCAUGUUUAAGAAAAUAAAAUUUGUCCAAAAACUUUAUGCAUUAACAUUGCUUAGACCACUUGUUCUGAGUUAUUUGUCUGUAAAUAAGUAGAUCAUCCAUUUAAUAGCCUUCAUCAUAUUUUAUCUAAUUAAUCACUAUCAUAUGUUAGUGAAAAAUCACUAUCAUAUCAAUCUAAACUACCAUGAAAAAUAGUUUAUAGUGUGGUUUGUCCUUUCUAAAAUUGGAGAUGAAAAAUAACCGGUAUUGUACUUCGACCAAAGAUUAAGGGCGACAUAUGGAUUUUACACUUACGAGUUAUUCCUAGAGAUGUAAUAUGCUUCAUUCUUUAGUAAUGUGGAGGCCCACCUCUUCUAAGCCUGAUCACUUCAUUGGCCGACAUUUGAGUGAGUCUUCAUUAAGUUAUGGCCUCCAUCGUUUCCUCUAUACAAAAUCAGCCGCUACCAAAAAUUUAAAUUUUGAAAGUUAAUUUUCAAGUUGAUAUUAAUUUUUUUUCAUCGAAGUUUAUCUUUUAGCAUUAACAUUUAAAUCGCUAAGAACACAUAUAUUAUAAAAGUUUUACAUACAAUUUUUUUUGUUAAUAUGUCUGUCAGUGUUACAUAUAAGACAUAUUAGCAAAUACAAGACCACCCGGGAGGAUAGGCCAAGACAAUCCAACAUACGCCAACACAGAUCUAAACAACUCCAAUAAUACAAGACAACUCCAAUCUCACCGAGUUCAUAUUCGAGGAAAUCGAUUGUCGCUCGCCGUCAACCACAUGUGAGGGCUUUAUGACGCAAGGCUGACAGAGACUAGAUUAGAUCAUCCUCAAUAUUGUAAUCGUAUGAUAUUGAUAUAUAAUGGCAAUAUUAGCUUUGGCCCGUAAGAAGGGGUCCGAACCUGUAUAAAAAAAUUC